AUGCUCAAGUAUUGUUUAUUCCUGUUGCUUUUCUGUAGUUUUGUCUACGGUUUGAAGCGUAAGUUGAUCGGCAAGUUUUAUGACAUGUACAUGUCAUGACACCGAUUUUAGCGAUAUUACGGAAAGAUGAUGGAUCGAAACCAUUUCAACCGUUGUUUGCACAUAUUGACCAUACCAAUGACAGUCUACCGCAUACUGUAGAGGUUUACCAUUACAACUUAACGCUUGAUCCAACUUUUGCUUUCAAGGGAUACAAGUUUCCGGAGGGUAAACUUAUUUCUUUUUAGCCAUAUCUCUUUUCGCUGUGACGAUAUUAUUUUCGAAAAAGCGUAGUGGAAAAUGUGAAAGGUUCCCUCAUCUCAUUGUCAAAAAUCUGUUGUUGCAAACUUAAAAUCCUUCAGAGUACACAUGGUUUUCAGACAAGCUAAAUACCUUCACAGGCAGCGUUCAUAUUGUAUUGUCGGUUUCGAAUCAAACCAAUGAAAUUGAACUGAACUCCGCUGUAAAUAUCACGUCAAUCCAUCUAACCGACGGCGCCACAGAAUACAAAAUUACCAAACAGGAGCACACUAAAGAAGAUCACUUGAUAUUAACGACAGACAAGGCCUUGGAAGUCUCCAAAAACCUUACUCUAUCUUUUGAAUUCAACGGAAAAAUAGGCAAUAGCGGCGAUAGUAUCUACUAUGUGGACUACGUUGAUGAUGAUAAUGAAAAGACGUAGGUCAAAUAUUAUCGUGUUUUUAUUGAUGAUCUCUUAGAGCAUUAGUGGCGACAUUAUUUGAGGAGAUCAAAGCGAGGACCGUAUUCCCGUGUUUCGAUGAUCCCUCAUUCAAAUCGACCUUCCAAGUUACAUUACAUCAUCCUAAAGGGUCAAAAGCGUUGAGUAAUGAGUACCCUAUAAGUGAAACCGAUGCCGGGUAGGUUUAAAAAAAUAGUCAUCGUCGUGAAGCAUCCAACAAGGACAAUUCAUAGGCCAAAGGCUUGGCCACAUGCUCUAAAUAGGAGCUAGGAAAUAAUGCGAAACUUUUUUCAGCGCUCAAGCAAUAACUGUCUUUAAUACAACGGUUAAAAUGCCCACCUAUUUAUUGGCUUUUGCUAUUGGAAAUUUUACCGAAAUGGUGGCCGACUCGGUAUGUCAAAGACUCCCAAAAUUCAGUUACUAUUAUAAAUUCCAGUCGAUAGUUUAUACCACCUACAAAGAUCCACUUCGAACACUAACGACGGCCACAUUUAGCUCAAGAUUCAUUGAAGUUUUGGAGCAACUAACUGGGGUCAAGUAUCCCUUGGACAAAUUGGGUAGGAUACCAAGUUAUUUUACAGUUGUUUUCCGUAUAUUUCAGGUCACCUUGACGCUCGCACUCUCUCCGCAGGCGCAAUGGAAAACUAUGGCCUUAUCAUUUACACCGGUGGCCUAUUGGUGGCCCCGUACCUCGAAGACCUUGCUCAUAUAUACAAAAGGGUUAUGAUUGUCGCGCAUGAGACUUCACAUCAAUGGUAAUACGCAAUCAAAUUAAUUUACAAACAGUUUGCAGGUUCGGGAACUUGGUCACGGCCAAGCGAUGGGGUUUGGAAUACCUGCAUGAAUCUUUUGCUACAUUCUUCCAAACGGAACUCUUUCAAGACAUAGGUCAUGUCAAAUAUGCCGCAGUAAGUUGUCGCUGAAUAUGUAGAACGGCUGGCAAAAUUUCAGAGAAUGAUUGUGAGGGAAAGCGAUUCUAUAAAAAUCUACGGGGUUCCGUAAAAAUCUGCUUACCAAGAAAUAACUUCCAUUUAUAAUAUACAAUAGUACUCCAAUGGCAAAAAACGCACCAUUUUGCGUGGAGGAAGGAACCAAAAUGUCGCAAAAUACCUCCCUUCUUGCAAUCAAAAAGCUCGCGAAGAUUUUCGGAUGCAUUCUUGCUAACGCUCUCUUCGUAAAGGAAAGGGUGCGCUCUUCAAAGCGGGGCAUUUUUGCUUUGAGAAGGGAGGUAUUUUGCGAUAUUUUUUUCCUUUACUAAAUGCAAAAUGGUACGUUUUUUGCCACUGCAUCAGGUCCGCCACUGUAACAGAAUACGUAAAACGCAAACGUUCUUCAGAAACUUGAGUUCAUUAGACAGUACUACGCUGUGCGCGACAUUGCCAAAGACGCUUCACAUGCUAUUGAAGACAACAAAAGUCAGUUUGACGGUGAGUAUUUAUUUAUUUAUAGCAAAUCAAAGAAUUGCUGAGUACCCAAAAGACGCCGCAUUAUCGCUCUAAAACUACAAAUUCUUACAGACAUCACCUAUGGAGUUGGCGGCACUAUUCUCGCUUCGAUUAAGAACUUGCUCACGGAAGAAGUCUUCUACAAAGCUCUGAACAUUUAUUUGACGGAAAAUAGAUUCGGAAAUGCUGAUACAGACACAUUGGCAGGAGCUUUUGAUAAGGUACCCCAUUACCUCUAUAAAAAUUAAUUUCAGGCGUUACAAAGUGCCCCACCGCUUGGCUUCAACUUUACCACAGAAUACUUGUAUCCCUACAUUCGACAAGUCGGUAUUCCAACAGUAAAUGUCACUCUGAACGAGCAAGGUCAGUAUGUGAUUGAACAAACUCCUUUCCGCGGCUCAACCACCUGGCUUGUCCCUUUGUUUGCCUAUAAUUUGGACAAAUUAGAGGAGAUCCGAGUGGAUAUUCGGACAGAUCCGGUCAUUUUGAAUACAACAGACACUCUGUUAUUCAACAGCGAAUUCAAAACUUUCGCCUUUGUCGAACUGGAUGAAAAGGUUCAGAAAAAAGUGAGAGAACAUAAGAAUAUCGUCAAACUGUCGCCAGUUAAUCAAAUUCUGGUCCUGAAUGAAUACGGCGAUCGAGAGAAAGUGUUCGAAAGGAUCGCCCAAGGCUAUGAUUAUAUUAUUGAUCCAUUGCUGGCCGAUUUCAUCAAUGACUUGGUGAGUAUUCGACGAUCUUAAAUUGACAUAAUGCAUACAAUAUCAAGCACACUUUAACGCCGUAUUCAGCCCAUGUCUUUAAGGUGAUUUUUCACAUUUCAGACCGAUGAGCAUACCAUUUACAGCUUGAUGAACAAUUGGGUCGGAUUAGACACUGUCUAUAGCCGGUGAAUUUUCAUUUUACACUUGAUAUCUUCCCAAGACCAUAACUUUAAAAUCUUAAACUCUUCAGAAUUCUGGCCCGCCCUCUUUUCACCCGAGGCGUCAAGUUAGAGGUUGAGAAUGUAGUUAACCGCACUCAAGCAUUCUUCAACGAAUUUGAAGAGAUGUGUGCUCCGGAUCAAGACCUUUUUUAUUGCUCUUAGUAAGUGCAUGGCCGGCAAUUUGCAUACUAUACAUAUCUUUCUCAAAAAAAAUUUCAGCCAAUCCCCCGAAGUUCGCUAUGGAAUUUUUGCUCAAGGAGCCAAGUCUGAGGAGGGAAGAAAGUUCCUUGAAGAUUACCGUGAACGUCUACAGAAGCAUCCUCAAGCAAGACUUUUUGAAGAAGAAAUUAAAAGAGUGGACUUGGUUCUAUAA